AUGGAGGACGAAGGCCAUACCAGCAGCAGCAGCAGCUGUGAAUGCACAGAUGCUGCAGCUGGUCCAGAAGAAGGCGAGGGCGGCCAGCGAGAGUCCCCAGUGGCCGAAGGGCAGGCGGCCCCCGAGAGGCCAGCAUCCGACGGUGGCCAGAGCGACGAGCGUCCCCAGAGCGGCCCCGAAGGCGCGCAAGGCCGCGGUGCCCCGGGCAGCCCCGAGCCCAGUAGCCACGUGGGGGAAAGCGCGGUGGGCGUGCUCGCCAUCCCCAGUCCGCGGGGCGAGCGGGCACCCCCUGCUCCAGCCGCCAGUGGAGAUGCCGCCACCUCCUUCCUAAGGCCUGGAAGCCGACUCCUGGAGUUCUCUCUGACUGUGCCCUUUGGAUCCCCUCUGGAGGCAGACAUGGCCCGCAGGUCCCUGGUCACCUAUGCCCAACGUCAGCAAGAGAUGGUCCACAAGGAGCUCACAGUGACUGGCAGUGUCUUGACGGUUAGGUGGACGACUGAAGACCCUGUUCUCUUCCGAAUUUCAAUCAACACUUUCCUGGACCUGUUUUGUGUUGUGAUGAGGAACAUUCGGCGCUUGGAAACUCUGGGUGUGCUAAGGCGAGGUCGAGAAAGCAGACCUGAACCUUAAGUUUUUUCUCUUCUGCAAGUUGUUGGGAAUCGACACUUUAAACUGUAUAAUUGCCCUUAUUCUUUGACGUCUAGUUUU